AUGUCCCACGGCCCAUCCACCCUCACCGUGUCUGUCUUGGAGGCACAAAGACUGGAGUCAGAGACCCGGACGCGCCUGCUCAAGGCCCAGAAACUCUUACUGAUUGUUGACCUGGACCAGACCAUCAUCCAUGCCACCGUCAACCCAACCGUGGGCGAGUGGAUGGCCGACCCCACCAACCCCAACUGGCCGGCACUCCAGGGUGUCAGCAGGUUCCAGUCCAAUGAUCCACCCAACCUGCCCAACAAGGGCUGCUACUACAAUCUCAAACAACGUCCUGGUUUGGCAGACUUCCUACAUUCCCCGGCAGAUAAGUAUGAGAUGCACGUCUAUACCAUGGGGACCAGACAUAUGCGGAUGCUGUCUGCAAGAUUAUUGAUCCGACAGGCAAAAUCUUCGGCAACCGGAUCCUCAGUUGGGACAAAAGCGGCACCUCCUCCUCCGGCCCAACUCAAGGCUCCAGCAUCUGCAUCUGCGCCAACGGACCCAGUAGCCUUGCCCAUAAUGACGGUGACGGACGUUGCGGGGACCACAAGUGCGUUAGCGAAGGCCGAGCAGCUACUCGCAAUAUUGGAUGGCUCCUUGAGUGGAGCAGGGCCGACCAGCAAGACAAUCGCGAGUGUCCAGGCCAGCAAGACCUCUGCAGUACCCCCCACAGCCUUGUCAUCCAGUCUGCAAUCCCCAAAAGAUACUAGCACACCACCAUCGUUGCCGGAGACAACUACGGAAGAGCAGGCAAAAACCGCCCGCUCUAAGCUCAUUGCAGACUAA